UAAAAAAGAGAAAGAGAGUUCUAAGCAAGGAAGGGGGCUAUUACCAGAGCUGUAUCUCAACAGACUAUUCACAACUAAGCAAUCAUUGAUGGAAUAUAUGAGACCACUAUUUGAUAUCAUUUUGGACCACGAUAAAUGUCCCCCACCCACCAAAUUCCUGUAUGAUUAUCUGGACGAGUUAGGAGAGAAGUACAAAGUAGAUGUAGAGACAGUACAUGCAUGGAAAAGUCACAGUUAUGCUAUUAGAGUAUGGGCAAGUCUUAUGAAGAUGCCCAAUCUCCUGUUUGAUGUGUCGAUACCCUCGUUCAUGGACGAUAAUCUGGAGAUAAUCAGCCAGGUGUUUAUAGAAAGCUUCUCCCUCAGUACACAGAAGUUUACAAAGGAUACCCCUCCUCAGAAGUUAAUUUUCCAUCACGAAAGGAAUCACUAUAAGGAUAGGGUGAAGGAGUUCUACAAGAAUGUUAAAGUUGACCAGCAAGAUGCAGAGGGAUUCAGGCAAUACAUGGCAGAUGUCAACAGACUGCAGCAAGCAACAGAGUUUAACAAAGUGUCAGCACUAUACAGAUUUUAUAAACAACUUAAACCAUAUUUUGAAGACAUUAUUGACAAUCUUGCAACAAAUAAAGAAGCCAGUAACCUGCAGCUUGACCGGAAACUGGAGCAAGUGAUCGCUAUUAUGGAGGAGGAUGACUAGAAAUCUCGUGCACAAGACUGUUUGAAAAACUGAACAAAGUUACGUGUGCAUAAACAUUUUUUUGCAAAAUGAACACUAAAUACUAUGUGUGAGCAUGAAAAUUUCGUGCACAGGGAUAUUUGUAAAAAAUAAUCAAACUUAUGUGUGCAUAAAUAUCUUAUGCAAAAACGAACGAGAAAAAUGUGCAUCAAAAUAUUGUGCAUUAGGAUAUUUGUGAAAAUGAUCAAAGUAUAUGUGCAUAAAUAUCUUAUGCAAGAUCUUGUAUAUAAAGAUGAAUAAAAUAUACAUUGUAUGUGCAUCAGAAUUAUCAUGCAGAACUUGUGUAUGAAAAGAAACAAAGUGUGCACCUGAAAAUCUUAUGCAGAAAUAAGUGUGAAAAUGACCAAAAAAAAUAUAAUAUAUUAUAUACAUGAAAAUCUUACACAAAAACUUGUGUGUGAAAAUGAAUAAAAUGAUAUAAGAAUGAAAAUGUCAUGCUAACGAUGUGUGUGAAAAUGAACAAAU